GUUAAUUACUUAACAGUCCCCGCAGAUUAAACUAUUUGAGAUUUCUCUGUUGUUAUGGCGACUUAGCUGGCGUAGGUGGUUCCCCUUCUACGAUAUUUUGUUUUUGAAAACCUAAUUUAAUUUUGCGUUUGAUUCUUAAAAUAUGGGAAAGAAAAAGAAAGGUCCGAAGUUACCGAAAAAAAUAAAAUGGGAGCAAGACGCCGACAUUCACCAGCGAAAGUUUGUGAAUGUAUACGAAGUACAAUGUGCCAAAGUUUCGUCAAUCCCCUGCCCUUGGCUGAUGGCAAUCAUGAAAAAGGCCAUUGAGGAACGAUUUUACGUAAGAAAGUUUAUAAUUGAAGCAGAAGAUGACAACGACACAGGGGAACCCCCAGCCCCCCAAAUUAGGUUGGACCCCGUAAUUAACGCCAUUCGGAAAUCUCACUUUAUCUACGUUUAUGAAUUGGCGGCUUGGAAUUUUGAACUUGAGCAUCAAACUGUUGCUAAUCUGGCUUUGUUGAUAGAGAAGGGGAUUUACCCUAUUACGGGAAUCGAAUUGAUGGAUUGUUCGCUGUUGUAUUAUUCGGUUGAGCGAUUAGCAAGGUCGUUCCGGUUCAGUAGUCUCACGGAGGUCAAUCUUGAUUACAAUGAGUUUGGGGACGAAGGCUGCGUCAAGUUAUGUGGGGGGUGUAAAAAUAAUAAGACAAUCGUGAGUUUAAGUUUGUGCUACUGUGCUCUGACGUACAGAAGUGGACUUCCUCUCGGUGAGGUUGCGUUCCACUCCACGAUCCGAGAGUUUUUUCUCGACGGCAACCGGCUCGAGUGUCAGGGAGUCAUGGACAUGACGAGAGCCAUCGCCGUGGCAGCGGAAGAUGAUAACGCACGGAGGAUUGAAGAGGAAAGAUUAAAAGCAUUGAUGAUGGCAGAAGGAGCACUGCAAGCAACCGACAAGAACAUGACGUCACAAAUGGGAACUGAAGCAAGUGGCGCCUCCGGUGGUGACGGAGCGGAAAAAUCUGAUGGUGCUGAGAAACCUAAGAAGAAGAAAAAGAAAAAAGGUAAGAAAAAGAAGAAAGAACCAGAUCCUCCAGUAGUUGGUCCUUUCAUCUACAAACUUCAUCUUGCGGAUAAUGGGUAGA